AUGGCUUUAGCAGUUUCUUUAGCCUUGUUCCUUGUCUUCUUGUUUCCCAUUUGCUCUCUGGUUCAGGGAGUUGAAUUCCUGUUCAAUGGGUUCAAUGGAAGUGAAUCAAAUCUGACCCUAGAGGGGGCUUCUAUAGUCAAGCCCUCUGGUAUGAUCAGGCUCACUAACAAAACACAUAAUAUUAUAGGCCAUGCAUUCUAUGACAAACCUAUAACCAUGUUCGACAAAAACUCUUCUUCAUACCCCAAUGCUUCUUCUUUCAGCACACAUUUUGUUUUUGCAAUAGUCUCAUCAAGCUCCGGCAAUGGUGGCUUUGGCCUAGCCUUCACACUGUCUCCCUCUCCGCGGUUCCCCGGGGCUGAUUCCGGGCACUUCCUUGGGAUUGUCAACUCUACAAAUGACAAUAACUCUUCGAACCACAUCUUUGCCGUUGAAUUCGAUACGGUAAACGGGUUCAAAGAAAACUCCAACACUGCAGAAAACCAUGUUGGCAUCAACAUUAACAGUGUGUACUCUGUGGCAUCUGAACCAGCUGCUUACUUUGUCGCAGGUGCCCACAAAGAAGAAAUCAACUUGGAGAGCGGUGAUCUUAUCCAAGCUUGGAUAGAUUAUGAUGGAAAAACUCAAAUUGUGAAUGUCAUAAUAGCUCCCAUAGAUAAGAACAAACCAGAGAAACCACUAUUGUCCCAUCAUGUCAACCUAUCCCCUACUCUUCAAGAGACUAUGUAUGCCGGCUUCUCUGCAUCCACAGGGAAAGAGGUAAGCUCUCAUUACAUAAUAGCAUGGAGUUUUGCAGUGGAUGGGAUGCCAAGUCAACUCAACAUUUCCCUGCUUCCUAACCCACCAAAAGAGAAAAGUUCAUCCUCUGGCAAGCCCCGGAUUAAGGCUCUUAUUGUGGCCUUAUCGGUUGCGGUCUUCGUGUUGUUGAGAAUUUAG